AGUACGUUCUUGACCCGCCCGCCCACGAAGCAUCUGAGAUCAGCCCUCUUUGCGUUUGUGUCUCGUCCACGCGUUUAUUACCCGUUACAUGUCGCCUAAAAAUGAACACAACCAAACAAAACUGUAAUAACGCAAAAACAAAAAACCCUAACCUCCUCCGUCUUCACUCAUCAAUCUCUCUCCGGUUGGUCUGGGCGCUCUCUUGCAACAAUGAAGAUUAGGGUUUUCUUUGUUCUAUCUCUCCUCCUCUUUGCCUCUCCUUUUCUCCAAGUUGCUAGGUGUCAAUCAGAAUCGGACACUGAAGUUGCUGAAGCUUCUGAAGAAGGAGGUGAUCUCGGAAUUGUUGGUGAAGAUGUCCAGGAUAUUGAUGGUGGCAGUUUUAGUCCAGCUCCAGGAGUUGAAACAGUUUGUGUUUUCCCCAAGAAUCCUACAAGAAUACUGACAGCAGGAGAAGAAUCUGAACUUUUAGUUGGAAUGAAAAACGAGGGGGAAUCCAGUAUUAAUAUCCUCGCAAUUCAUGCCAGUGUUCAUCUUCCUUAUGAUCAGCAUUACUUGAUUCAAAAUCUUUCCACCCAGGCUUUUAACAAUGCAUCAGUUCCUCCUUCAGCUCAGGCUACUUUUCCAUACAUAUUUGCUGUCAGCAAAUUUAUGCAGCCUGGAACAUUUGAUCUUGUGGCUACUGUUGUUUAUGAGAUAGAUCAGCACCCAUAUCAGAGUACAUUUUACAAUGGUACCAUUGAAGUUGUUGAAGCUGGUGGCUUUCUCAGUGUUGAGUCUGUUUUCUUGUUUUUCCUUGGACUCGGUCUUCUUGGGCUUCUUGGAUUGUGGAUACGUGGUCAGAUACAACACCUUUCCAAGAAAACUAAGAGGGCAACAAAGGUGGAAGUUGGAACUGGGACGACUGAUGCCUCGAUGGAUGAAUGGCUUCAGGGAACUGCUUACACACAGUCAUUGUCCAGCAAAUCAAAGAAAAAGAAGUAGAUAAAUGUGCUUAAAUAGUUGGGCGGCACGGAGCACUAUAAAGAGAUGCAGAUUCUUGUUAGGCGGAGUAGUCAUUUGAUGAGUUCAAGAACACCCAAAAACGUGCAGUAGUUUUUGGAAAACUAGACUUGUAACAACUGCUUCACUGUUGUAUUGUGAGCAAAAUUUUGGGAAAGGAAAUCACAGGAGAAUCACCUGACUGUGAGAAGACAUUAUCAUGAACUUUAUAAUUCAAGUGAGUUCUCAGUUUGUGUUGUGUGGUGGUUGAGCUUUUCUUUUUCUCCCCUAGUUAUUUGGUAACCAGUUUCUGGCUGAAUAGUUUCAACUUUCUUUUGAUAGUAAUUCUGUGCUAAUGCUGUACUAGUAAUUCUUCACUUGCUUGUAUUAGGUUAUGCUGUUGUUGUCUAGGAGAGGCUCAAUGCAAACAAGGACUUGAAAGCAAAAACUCUAUAUUAGGUCCUUUUUUACUGCACUUUUAACUGCAUUUAACCAUAAUAUCCUUUAACCACUUAAAACGAC